AAAAUACAAAUAGAAAUCUACUAAUAGACUGGGAAAGAGCAACAUUCCUUAGCUGAAGUAACUAAGUACUAGAUUCUAGAUCUAGUCUAGCAGUGACUCUUUCAAACAAGAAUUUAAAAAUUCAGGUAGCCAAGUAAAGGUCUUUUUCUGUCAAUCACUCACCACAAUGCCCUUUUAUAAAAGGGCAAGGGAGACUGAAUUAACAAUCAUGAUCAGAAUUUAUGGGAAAUGUUUCAUCCUAUAACACUCACCACAUCAGAAUGGAAGACCCACCAAAAAAGAAGAUGCACAAAGGGGAGUCAUCCUUUCAAGCAGACACAGGAAGUGAGCUGAUUGAUGACUCCAAGGCCUUUGUGGAGCGCUUUGCCGUGCUCUUCAACAGUUCCAGUUUCAGUGAUGUCCAUCUGCGAGUUGGAGAGCAGAGCUUUUACGCUCACAGAUUUAUCUUGGCUUCAGCUAGCAAAGUAUUCGAGGCGAUGUUUGGAGACUCCUCAGCAUGGGAAGAGAGCAGACAACAAGACAUUCGGCUGGUGGAAGAGGAGGCAUGCCAGGCUGUGUUCUAUGAUUUUCUAAGAUAUUUUUACUCAGCCAGUAUCAACAUGACCACAGAUAAAGCACUUCCUCUCUUGCUGCUAGCUGAUAAAUACAAUGUUCAGUCCCUCCGAAACGCUUGUGUGGACUACAUGAUGAAACAUAUUGAAGAGUUGCCAGAUAAAAAUAAAACUCUGACGUGGUACCAUUACUCUAAACUAACAGGCCCAGAGAAGCUGAGAGACACCUGCAAAAAUUUCAUUGUGUCAAAUUUUAGUGUUAUCCUUGAUGCGCCAGAUUGGGUGGAGAUGGAGAGGGAGGAGCUUGUUGAUUUUAUUGGCAUGUCAGAGCUGUGUGUGGAGUCUGAGAAGAAACUUUGGGAAAAGGUGGAGCAGUGGCUAAUGGCAGACAACAACAUGGAGUUCCGUAAGGACAAUGUGGAAACCAUUGUCCCCUGGCUGCGCUUCUGCAAGAUGACCCCCACUGAACUGCUGACCAUUGAGUCUUCUCCACUAAUGCCUCAGUUUUCAGACAUUCUAAAAGAGAAAUUAGCCGCCGCCUAUAGGUUCCACUCACUGGCCAGUAAUGGCAUAUUCCUACCAUCUGAGCAAGUGCCAUACAGGAACUACACCUCUCCUAUGUAUGGGAUGAGGUUUUUGUUUGAACUCAAGAGCUAUGCCAAUAUUCCAAAGAUAGAGAGCAGAGUUUGUUUGUCUUGUCAAGUUCCUUAUCUCCCCUGCCUAGAACCUGAGAACAAAAAGGUAACCCACAAUGCUCAGUUUCAAGUAAACUUCUACCCGAAAGGCCAUUUUUCUACAAUAUCAUUGUACGGUAACUUCAUGGGACGGCAGAAUGAUAACGUGACACUGAAGAUCUCUCGCCAGAACCUGCCCAGCACUUUUGGGUCAGCCACUGAGAGCAAGCCGUACCCUCCCAUGCUGGUCGAAGCCACUCUACAGCUGUACAGCAAAAAGAAAGAGCUUCGUUUUGUCGGCCUGACGGUCAGCCAGAACCACGUCUUCACACACAAAACCCCAGAGCUGGUGGUGGAGAAUGUGCUGGACCUGGCCAGGCUGAAGAGUGAAGAUUCACCUUUCAUCGUCGAAGGUUCACUCUCCGGAGCAGUGUUUAUCAAGGUUCAGCAGGUAGGGGAUCAUCUGCUUCAAGAAGAUUUUAACAAAGACUCUUCUGAAAGUCACAUAGCUGCAUAAAUUAUGGUCCAGAAUUGUUUGUUCCAUAUUUGUAGUAGAUUUGGUAUCAUUCUCCUUUAUUCUGGAGAACAUAUGAACCCACUUGUGGAGAACUGAACAUUUUAUAUUCACAUUUAGCAACACAAUCAAGAACUGUGUACAGUGGAUUCAGUUAUUGGUAAAGUAAAAUAAAUUGUAUUCUCAAAAACAUUUAAGUUAUUUAUCUUAUAAUGUUCAGGUGUUUUAAAAUAAGUCUAUAAAAUCGUGAGUUACUGUAAUACUUUCAAAAAUGUGUAUCUGUGUUGUGUAUUCAUUUAACUUGUUGCCACAAGUCUUUUUGCCUUGCAGUAGGUCUGUUGUGAUACUUCUCACCUUAUGGUUUUUUCUAACCCUGUACCAAUUAUUUUUUACUCCUUUUAAAAAGGAUGUUGGCUAUUUACAUACUUUAUUUGCUUUUUAAAUAAUAAAUGUAUCUUUACUAAAAAUAUUAAUUAAAUUAUGAAUUAUGCUGUUAUUCUUUGAUCCAUUUUUGAUCAUAAAAAAUAUUUUCUUUUUAAUAGGCCUAGAUAUAUAUAAGAAUACAAGGAAUGAAUCAAAAGUAUAUACAAGCAGUAUGCUCUUCUAUGAUUUUUUUUUCUGCGAGCAGUACUUUUAAAAAUUAAAUGU